AUGUGGCUGGACUGCACUGAACUGGCCUGGACAGUCAGAAUGGAGGGCUGCUUUUGGAUGCUGCAGUUAUGUUUCCUUACCUUCUCUCUCCAUCAGUCAGAACAGACAGUAUUUUGGCCGGCUUCUAAGGCAAAUGAAGUUAUGGUAAGAGCGAAACGUGCCAGGUCCUUUAUUGUCGAGGAGAUUUUAAAGGGAAAUUUGGAAAGAGAAUGCUUUGAAGAAAAAUGUGUUUAUGAAGAAGCAAGGGAAGUGUUUGAAAACAAUGAAAUGACUCAUUCCUUUUGGAGCCAAUAUAUGGAUGGCACUCCAUGCAUCUCCCAACCCUGCCUGAACAAUGGAAUGUGCCAGGAUAACAUCCGAAACUACGUUUGCAGCUGCCUGGAAGGGUAUGAAGGAACAAACUGUGAAUAUGCUAAAAAUCAAUGUCAUUCCAAAAGAAGUGAAGGAUGUGAUCACUUUUGUCGUCCAGGACAGGAAUUUUAUAUCUGCAGUUGUGCGAAGGGUUAUAAACUUGGAAGGGACCACAAAUCAUGUAUUCCAAAUGAGAAGUGUGCAUGUGGAAUCCUCAAUUCUGAAAACAAUGUGACUUUGAAGAAUGCCAACUGGACUUUCCCAUGGCAGGUCAAAUUAACAAAUUCAGAAGGAAAGGACUUCUGUGGUGGUGUUAUAGUACAGGAAAAUUUUGUGUUGACUACUGCAACAUGUUCACUCAUACAUGGAAACAUCAGUGUGAAGCUGAGUGAAGAUAGUAUACCAGGAGCCCCAGUGGAGAUAAAAAUAAAGAACAAACAUGUGCACAUGAGAUAUGAUCAAGAAAUGGGGCAGAACAACCUAGCUUUGCUAGAACUUAAUGAGCCUAUUCAAUGUCACAGCAAUGGACUUCCCAUCUGUAUCCCUGAAAAGGAUUUUGCAGAACACAUGUUGAUUCCAGAGAAAAUUAGCACUGUCAGUGGCUGGACAUUCAAUGGAACAGAACUGGGCAACUCAUUGAUUGAUUUGCCCAGUGAAUAUCUCGAUGAUGAGAAAUGUGAAGAAAUACUCAAUGUGACUGUCACGACAAGGCAAUUUUGUGAGAAAAGCAAAACAUCAAUGGACUGGCUUGAGGGAAGUAUUGUCAUGGCAGAACACAAAGGGACUUGGUUUUUGAUUGGUAUUAUGGCCUCUCCACCAUCUGAAAGAAAGGGACCAGUAUUUCUUUUCACCAAGAUUUCAAGAUAUUCAAUGUGGUUUGAACAAAUAAUGAAAUAAUGGAAAAACAACUGAAUAGAAAGAAUAAACUAUGGAAAAUGUGUGACUUAUAGUUGUGGCUCCGAGUUGAUCAUAAAUUGGCAACAUUGCCACAGAACUUUAUACUUGGAAUGCCCUUUCCUU